AUGUCUCAAAACAUUUACGACAAUGCCAAGUUUUUCGCUGAAUAUUCCUCGCUUGACCGAUCCAUCAAGGGUCUCGCUGGGGCCCCAGAAUGGCCUCGGUUGAGAUCUUACAUCCCAGACCUAAAAGGCCUUGACGUUCUUGAUCUCGGCUGCGGCUUCGGAUGGUUUGCUCGCUGGGCACGAAGCACUGGAGCAAACUCGGUUCGAGCGCUCGAGAUUUCCGAAAACAUGCUCAAUCAAGCACGAUCCAUGACCAAUGACACAAAGAUCAUCUAUCAACAAGCCGACCUCGACAACACCAACCUUUCUAAACAUUGUAGCGGCAUAUACGACGUGGUUUUUAGCUCGCUGACGCUUCACUAUCUUGCCAACCUACCCGCGCUCAUUCAACAAGUGCAGGCUGUUCUCAAACCAGGAGGGACUUUUGUCUUUUCAAUUGAGCACCCUAUAUACACGGCGCCAAGCAAAGCCGAAUUUGUAACUGAUGCGGAGUCAGGACGAGAAUACUGGCCACUUGAUAGCUAUCAGAAGGAGGGCCUUCGGGUAACUGACUGGCUAGCGGAGGGAGUUCAGAAACAGCACAGAACUAUCGCUAGUUAUGUCAACAUUCUUAUCAAGGCAGGAUUUCAGAUACGAGAAUUUGAUGAAUGGUAUCCCACGCCAGAAGAGUUGGCAAAAUGUGGAUGGCGCCGAGUAUUGGAAAGGCCGGUAUAUCUUCUGAUCUCAGCCGUUAAGAGUUAA